AUGGUGUGGCAAAAUUGGUGCCUUCAAGUGCUGAUCGUCCUCCUGCUACUGAAAUUCGUUUGCGCAGUACAGGAAACACCCAGAAAACACCGUUGGACCCCAAAGUUCGGAACCAAGAGGACACAGAUACCACCACUGCUGAUCAGUACGUGGAACUACACGGAUGCCAAUUUGCAGGCGUGGUGUGUUCUACAGCAAGGCUCUCAAAGGACUCGUCAGGCGGUGAUUCAAGGAUGCUUGGCCUGUCAAAGCAAGCGAUGUGGUCGCCUUUUGGCCGGCGGAUCAGGUCCAGACUCCGAUGGACAUUUAACCUUGGAGGCAGCCAUCAUGGAUGGCAGCACUUUGCAAUAUGGUGCAGUGGCUGGAAUGGAAGGAGUCCGGAACGCUAUCCUUGUGGCAGAUGCCUUGACACGAUAUACGAAACACACCCUGUUGGUGGGAAAAGGUGCGGAGAAGUUUGCCAAAUCCAUGGGAUACAAAGAAGGUAACCCACCGAACAGGCGAACAACAAAGGCACUCCAAUCGUGGUAUUUGAAUCGUUGUCAGCCGAAUUUCUGGCGUGAUGUGCAUCCUUCUCCCACGAAAAACUGUGGUCCAUAUUCACCAUUACCCCCACAUUUGCUCAAGCAACCAAUGCACCAGGAGUACUCCAUUAUUGGGGGUCACCACGAUCAGCUGGCGUUCAUGGCAUUGGAUGAGGAGGGUAAGAUCCAUGUGGCCAGCCACUCGAGUGGCACCCGAUUUCGAAUCCCCGGAAGAGCGGGCGAUUCAGCGGUGCCAGGUGCUGGAAUUUAUGCAGAUAACGAAGUCGGUGGUGCGUUGGCCUGUGGAGAUGGAGAUGUCCUGAUGAGACACCUGCCCGCCUUUUUGGCUGUAGAAUCAAUGCGAUCAGGAAAAAAACCGGCCCAGGCCGCCGAGUGGGUGAUGCAACGCGUUUUAAGAUACAAUACCGAAUUCAAUGGUGCCAUUGUUGUAGUUAAUCGAAAAGGAAUAUACGGUGCAGCCUGUGCAGGACUCGAUGAAUUUAAUUUUGUGGUAAGCGGGGGAAAAAGAUAUCUCAGCAUGGCACGGGUUGAGGGAAUCAAGUGUUUGGAAAGGGAUGAAAUUCAGGAUGGCGGACCAAGGGGAUUUUUUCAAUCAAUUCCCGAGAAAAAAAUGGUGCCAUGAUCAGAAAGAAGAAAUUUUUAGAAAUUAAAGAUGUCGCGUCUUAAAACUACUUUUAAUGAAUGACGUAAAACUCUUGAACUUAUAAUCGAAGUAAAUGUACAAUUUAAAAUACACUUUAAGCUAGAUUAAUAUCACUAA